AUGCUUGCCGUAAUCAUUCCGCUUGCGGGUAUCAGAGAAGGUCAACAAUUAUUAUAUCAAUUACAUUUACUUAAUAGAAAAACAUUUUCCCAUAUUGGUGUUUACAUCGGACUAUUUGGAUCCAGUGCAUUAUUAGCAUUUUGUCUUGAAUUCAGUGAAUUUCUAUUAGUUUCAAAUACAUCUUCAUUGACAUUAAGUGUAUCGGGUAUUUUCAAGAAGAAAAAACAUAUGGAUAUCGAUCCUGUUGUAACUGAACGAUUACUUUUACGUAGGUUAGAAUCAGUUGAUGAAUGGUCAAUAGAUGGUGAAACAAAUAUGAGACGUACACAUGCCAACGACUGA